GGAUAUGGAGAACCUUUCUAUGGGGAUGAGGCAGGAUUUUCUAUUCAAAUGUACCACAAUGGUGAAAUAAGAGGUAACUAUUAUGUGAAUGGGUCUGUGGAUUGGUUUGAUUAUUGUGAUAAAGAUAGAAUGUCAAUGACUGAGAUAGAUGCCAUGGUCAAGGAGUUAGGGCACGAAGGUUUGAUUAACUACUGGUACAGUAUUCAAGGUGAUAGUUUUGAUGGUGGCCUAGUUAAGCUGAGUGAAGAUACAGAUGUCUUAGACAUGCUAGUAUUUGUGCCUGACACUAGGGUGAUAAAUAUAUUCCUAGAACAUGUCUUGGCAUGCACUCAAGAGCAGUUUUACAGUCAAGUGGGUUCAAACAUAUUUAUAAAUUUGGAUGAUGAAUUUGGGACCAACAGUGGGGUAGUGAUUCAAGAGCUUGAUGACAAUUGUGGUGCCAUUGUUCCAGUGGGUGGGGGAGUAUCCCAGGUGCAAAAGGUGAAAAAAACAAGUGUUGUAAUAGAAGAGUUGAAUGAAGAAGGGUUGAAUGAAGAAGCAUGUGGAGAAGGCAAAGAGUUGAAUGAAGAAGGGUUGAAUGAAGAUGGCUUGAAUGAAGAUGGGUUGAUUGAUGAAGCUUCUAAACAAGGCAAAGAAAAUGUCACUGUGAAUAAUGAGGAGAAUUCUGACAAGGGCAAAGAAAAGCCAAGUCAAGGUUGUUCUGAUAAAGGCAAAGGCAAGGUUGAUGACAUGUCACAUAGGGUGAAGCGUGCAUUUGGUAAAAAAAGAAGUGGCAGUUUGAAGAGGACAAAGACUGUUCACCAUAAAGACAAAGUUGUGGAAGGAAGGGUUGAUGGCUACAGGACCGAGUUUCAAAGGGAUUCCAUGAUGUUGAGAAGUGGAAGAAGUUUGACAAAUGCUGCAAACUUUGAAGGCUUGGAUGAUGAUGCUUCUGAUAGUGAGGACUCAGAUUAUAUGAUUCCCAAGAACUUCAGUGAAGAUGAAGAUAAAGAUGAUGUUUUUUUUGAUGAAUGGGUGGAUGACCAAACUGAAUGGACAUGGGCUAAAGAAACUGGGAAUGAGGCUGCUCCUGAUUGGCCUACAGAUGUUGAAUUGGAUUCUGACGAUUCUGAGUGCAGGGAUUAUGCCAAGUAUAAUUAUGAUGAGGAAGUUGAUAAGAAUUGGCCAGAGUUCAAUGCUGCAACUGACAUGGCAGAUCCAAAGUUUGAGAUUGGGCUGUUGUUUAGUGAUUGUAAGGUGUUUAGGGCAGCUGUCAGAGAGUACUCCAUCUUGCAGAAUAGGGAUGUAGUGUUUAUUAGGAAUGAGGCUUUGAAGCUGAAGGCAGUUUGUGGGGACCCAGAUUGUGAGUGGAUGAUAUAUGCUUCAAAAAUGCAACAUGAGAACACAUUGCAAGUGAAGACAUAUGUAGGUGAGCACACAUGUACACAGCUAUGGGAGAACCCUACUGUGAAGUCAACAUGGAUAAGCAAGAAAUAUGUUCACAGUUUGAAGUCCAAUCCCCAGUGGCCAGUGAAGUCAUUCAAGGAGACUGUUGAGAAGGAUUAUAAUACAGGGGUGUCAAGACAACAAGUGUAUAGGGCAAAAUAUAAGGCACUAAAGCUGAUUGAGGGCAGUUUCAAUGAACAAUAUUCAAGAGUUUGGGAUUACUGUGAGGAAUUAAGGAAGACUAACCCAGGAACCACAGCAAUGGUUAAGUGGCAACUGUUAACUGUUGUGGGUGUAGAUGCCAAUAAUGAAACCUGGGUAAUUGCUUAUGCAGUUGUGGAAUCAGAGUGCAAGGAAUCUUGGAUUUGGUUUCUGGAGCUAUUGGUUAAGGAUUGUGAGAUUGUGAAUCAAUUUGGCUUCACCUUUAUAUCCGACAAACAAAAAGGUUUAGUACUUGCUUUUGAGCAAGUGGUCCCUAAUUGUGACCACCGGUUCUGUGCAAGACACCUGUUUUCCAACUAUAGGGUGCUUUUCAAAGCAAAAAGCCUCAGAGACAAGUUUUGGGAAGCAUCAUAUGCAACCACUGUCCCCCACUUUACAAGGGCCAUGGAAGACCUGAAAAAACUGUCAAAGGAUGCAUAUGAAUGGCUAACCACUCCAGAUAAACCUCCAAGGCAUUGGUCCAAGUCACACUUCAACACUCAUUUGAAGUGUGACAUGUUGUUGAAUAAUCUUUGCGAGUCCUUCAAUGCUACCAUAUUGGAAUGUAGGGAUAGACCAAUUCUGUCAAUGUUUGAGUAUAUUAGAUGUAUGCUGAUGAGGAGAAUACAAGCAAGAAGGGACAAAAUGCUGACAUGGAACAAGCCUAUCUGCCCAAGGAUAUUUAAGAAGGUGGAGGGAAAUAAAGCCAAGGCAGGUGCUUGUGUGGCAAUAUGGUCAGGUGGAGGUAAAUUCCAAGUGUCAGCUGGUGGCCAUGCACAAUAUAUUGUGGACUUGGAAUUGAGAACUUGUUCUUGUAGAGCUUGGGAUUUGCAGGGAUGGCCUUGUGUUCAUGCUAUUGCAGCCAUAAAUUAUAAAGGGGGUCUUAAUGUCAUGGAUUUUGUGGAUGACUGCUAUUUGAAAUCAACUUACUUGAAGACAUAUGAGAAUCUCAUACUGCCUAUGAAUGGGAUGGAUAUGUGGGAUAAGAGUGACUUUCCACCAUGUCUUCCUCCGUCUUACUCUACACAGCCUGGAAAGCCAAGAAAAUGUAGAACCAAAGAACAGGAAGAGCACAAGGGCAAGAUGAAGAUGAGAGCAUCAAGAAACCAAUCUGAAACUGCAUUGUCUCACAUUCCUAACACACAGGACUCUCUCAAAUGUGGGCAAUGUGGUAAAAAAGGGCACAAUAAGAGGACUUGCCAUAGGAAUCUUCCCCUAAAAGCUAAACCUGCAACUAAGAGGAAGAGGGGUACUGAAAAUACCCAGACCACUCCAUCUGACGCAUCCACUCUAGCUGGUGAUCCAAGCACCCUAAAGCAAAGAUCCAAGCCUCCAAGGCGUGUGCAAAAAGGGAAGCCAAAACCAACUAAGAAAAGACAUGCCACUUCUGAAGCACAACCAGCCUCAACUUUGCUUCCUCAUGCAUCAACUUCUGUUUCAACUGCAGGAUCAAAUGUUGUACAUUGA